GUCGUGGUGCAUCGGUCGUCCAAGAUGCACCCCGACGUCGACGAGUAUGGACUCGAUCCAAUAUCUACGAUUGUCGUAGGGGCGGUCAUGUUCCUGCUGACGGGGAUUGCGCUGUCCUUGAGGGUGUACGUACGAGGCUUUCUCAUCAAGUCCUUUGGCUGGGAUGACAGGCUUCUGUGUUUUGCAUUNUUUCUGUAUACCGUGAAUUGCAUUACCUUGAUCCUCAUGGGAGCAACGCAAGCUAUUGAUGGUAUUGAAACCGUCUCUGCCUCUCGAAAACUUGCAAAGACAGCANNGCUCUCAAUCGUUGGCAUAACCAUCUGGAACGCAACCGAGAUAUUCAUCAAGUUAUCUGCUGCAUUGUUCUUCCUUCGACUGGUCCAGGAAGUUUGGCAGAAACGCACCAUACUGAUCUCCAUUACGAUCUAUGUGCUGGUCAUGACAACGGUCAUUUUGAUCACCAUCUUCCAAUGCGGAGUCCCCUCCAACAUCUUCAUACACCGCAAUUGCCUAGACUGGGACUCGGUCAUGGGACCCAUCAGUUACUUCAGUGGCGCCCUAACAGCACUCACAGACUGGAUCUUCGUCCUGACCACCGUAAGCCUUGUGCUGAAAACCAAAAUGCCACGACGGGCCAAAAUAUCAGUGGUUUUGCUUUUGUCACUAGCUGCUAUGGGUAGCAUAGUCUCCAUCGCACGAAUCCCUUUUAUCCGUGGCGGAAGAUAUCAACUCAACACCACCUCGAAACUCCCUCGCGUCGUCAUCCUCGCAGCCAUAGAAGCAGGAAUCGGCAUCAUUGCGCUCUCACUGGCUACCUUGCGACCACUGGUAAAGACCUGGAUGGAUGCGCUAAGUAGCAAAGCUUCUUCCUCAUCUGAAGAUGUUGAGCGCCAAAUUGCUGUUGCAGCUCAGCGAGAGGCACCAGCUCUGGUAGUCGCUGGUCCUUCCAAAAUCCAGGAUUAUGAGGUCAUCGAUAUUGAGAUGGCGAAACCCAAAGACAGACGCAAAGACUCGCAUUGGAAUGAUCAAGUGAUUGCGACUAUUUCCAUGCCUUCGGAGAUUUCUGGGAGAUAUGGUGUUCUGGAUAGUGUGUAUUCUGCCGACAAGCACGAAAGAUGA